GCUCGCUUGUUUGCUGCUCAGCACACCACUCACAUUGCUACACUUUCACUCUCUGUCUGUUUUCUCUCUCCCUCCGUAGAUCUUCAGCGAAAAUCUUGUGGAUUUUUCAUAUCUUCAGUUCUGAGCUUUCGGUUUCUGUUUUUUUGGAGCCCUUUAAUAGUAAAGAUUAAAAAAUCAGUGGACUUGGAAGUUCUUUUACUGAUUUACAUACUCGUUUGGAUUUGGAGAAGAAGAGCAACAUGCCGUGGGCUUCUUCGUUUGUGAACUAUAGCAGAAACUGUGUUCGUCUGGUGGUGUUCUUUCGUGUCAUACUGUAAUUUAGAUCGCCUUGGUAGUUGCUCUCUCUGCUGUAUAUUUUGAGUUUUCGUUAUUAUAUGGUUUUUGAAAUAUGUUUGUAUAUAUUUGUCAAUGGAAACGAAGAUUUAGUAGUGUUUAAAUUUGUUGCGGCAAAACACAGGGAAGUGAAGGAUUAUGGAUAUGCUUGUCACAAUUUUGCUUACAAAAUGAAAGGCCAAUUGUUUUUGCUUUCGCUUUCGUUAAUCAUUCAAGGUGUAAUGCUUAUUAUUUCAGGCAAAUCCUCUUUGAUUGGCAAAGGAAUUCUUAUUAUCUGGUGUGGCAUCAAUUUUAAAAGCGGUUUGAGGAGUGAGAAUGUACAUUGCGGUCACCAUAAAGAGGUAUCGAGCGGUGAAAGAAGUAGGGAAGAUUAAAAUGAUAGUUGGGAUUACUGCAUAUUACCAAGUGAUGCAAGUUUGUCAGGCCGAAUAUUUCCGUCAGUUGCUUAAGCCUGUUACGUAGUCUAGCAUUACAAAGCUUGGGGGGAUUGGGUCCGGGAUGAAUUGCCUCUGGUUGUGUUCAUACAUAAGAAGCCAAUGACAAAGAUGAACCGUUUGAUUCUGGUAGUUGUUCAUUUAGAAUAGACAGCUCUUUAUGCAGGAUGGCAAUGCGUUGAUUUGCUAUAGUAGUGUUUUUCUCAGUUUAGAAACCUUCUUCAAAUUGGAAACCAAAUAAUCACCAAGCCAAAGCCAAAAAAACCCAUCAUUCUCUUUGACUUUUUCUUUUUCAUCCAAGGUGGGAUUCUGAUGCAGAGUGAUCAACAAUUUCAACCCAGGAAGGCAGUGCCCCACUUUGCAAAUCAAAGGGGUAACAAUUACAUGCAUAUUUCAGCCGCACCUUCAAAUGCUGCAGCAUUACAUCCUGCUGCAAAGCAUUUGAUGCCUGUUCAUGGCAUUGAAUUUCAACCUUCUGAGGUUUGCCCGAAGAACUUCAUUAUUUUCGAUCAGAAUGAUCAUCGAAGCCAAAUUAUGUUCCAUCCGGAUGUUGCCCACAAAUUCAGUGGUCCUGGCUUAAAUGUGUAUACAGGUUAUGUCCAAGAGAAUUUUGAUAAUGAAGCGGUCAAUGAUAUUGAAAGAGAUAUAUCUGCUUCUCUAAAAGAGGAUUCAGAUGAUAUUGAUGUGUUGUUGAGCUUAGAAGAGGAGGAACAAGAUGAAUAUGAUGACGAAGAAGUCAGCACGGCGCGAACUUAUGGAAAUCAAGGAAGCAACUCUCCUGAUUCUUACUCAACUUAUGGUUAUGAACCCAGGAAAAAUGGAUCUUCUAUUCAGAAGUCCUCUGGAAGUUUUAGCAGCUGUAACAGCGAAAGAAAACGGCAGAAAAUGAAGAAGAUGGUGAAGGCACUGAGAGGAAUUGUACCUGGUGGUGACGAAAUGAAUACUGUCACUGUGCUUGAUGAAGCAGUCAGGUAUCUAAAGUCUCUCAAAGUUGAAGUGCAGAAGCUUGGAGUUGGGACUUCUAAGAACUAAAAUUUAAUGUCAUCUGGUAUCGAACUCCAUUUUAUGAGAUGCAGGUAAUCAUGCAUCAGUUAGGCUCCUUCUCUCUUGGUGGUUUGGUAGUAGGGGAAUAAUGCUGGCAGGUAUUGGACACCCAUGUUCAUGUUACAUCAAUCCAGUUAUAAGUUGAUUGCCACAGAGUGAAGAUAUAGUGGUUGUUAUCUCGUAAAUGUCUCUUUAAUCUCUGUUUCUAUGUACUCUUCAGUGGAGUGAAGAUUGGCUUGAUGUUUAAUAUGUAUUACUGUCUUCUACUAGCAGGUAUUCUGUCUGGCCUGUUACUAGUUGGUACUACUUUUAAUGCAAUGUUGUACUCUACACUUUUAAGUCUAUUUAAUUUGUCCUCAUUUCCUA